AUGGCGUCGUCUCCUACCUUCUUGAUGCGACUCGUAUCCUCAUCAGUUUCUGUGGCCAAUAGAGCCGGCGGGAUUAUUAGAAGCAUCCUUAAAACAGGCAGUCUCGGAGUGGUGGAUAAGGUUUGUUAUUUGGUUGCGCUAUUUUCUUAAACAGUCGAUUGGAGGUUUUAGUAGGUCUUCCGAAGGCGUGAUUGGGUCUCACAAGCCCCGUAGUAAGGAGUGAGGAAUUAUACAGUGUGCCUUUAAAAAGUAGCACUCAGCUCAAAAUAUCUAAUCUACGAUCUCGUUUAAAUUUCUUUUCUUUUUCUUGGUGGAUAUAUAAUAAACAGUGAUGAAUUAGAAGUGAAAAUUGUAUUCGCUUUUGAAAAUUUGGUUUAGUGGGUUUUUAAAAAGAUCUGCUUUGUCGAAUCAUGGACAGGUUGUGGUUCAACUUUUAAAAUCCUUGGUUUUUCUUUGUUUCAAAAAGAUUAUUAUCACUCUUUGCAAAAAAGGGAGAUGAAGUUUCAACUACAGGGCUUGCAAUGGUUGAUUAUGUUAUUUUGGAUAGGUGGUCGCUUAUAAUUAAUCUGGAGGGUGUUCAAUUGCGAGAGGUGCAUUUGCCUCAUGCACCUAUAAAACAAAGAUAGCAUUUCGGGGAAUGGCUGUAUUUCUGGUGCAUUCUGCCAUAGAAAGUGAAAAAGAUACCCCAGUGGGGAGGGAGGGGUGGGGGGGGGCUACUCCGGAUUUCAAGUGACAGGGAUGAUCAAAUGGGGGGCAAAAGUCAAAACCCAAAAAAUUCCCUGGAUCAAAUAUUAACCCCCAAAAAAUCCCAUUCCAAAGUUCUGAGGCCAAGUUUGGAGGAAUUUUUUUUUGGAGAACUACGCUGCCGCCACGAAUCUUCAGAUUGUUUUGAAUACCCCAAAAAUCCCUACUUAAAUCAAUCCACCCAAGAAAAUACUCGCCAAAUUUUCCUACCGAAAAAAAUUCCAGAAUCAAAACUUUUAAAUCCAAAAGAAUCCUUUGAUCAUCCCCAUCACUUGAGAUUCGGAGUAACCUCCCCCCCUUGGUGUACUACUCAACAUGGGGACCACAAUGGUGACAGCUUGGAGUGCUGCAGAGGCGAGGUACUUUCCUUGCCCCUUUUUAUCUUGUUCUUCCUUUUCUGUCCUUUUACCUGGACAUACAACUGAGGAGCAUUGUGCAGCCAGCUGCCUUAUGUGAAAUUGAAGUGUAUUAUUUUACCCUUGGUCAAGAAAACCCAGUAGAUGGGUAUGAUAGGGACUGUCACCAUUUUAUUAUCUCUUUCCAGAGUGUUGCUUCUUUUUUUGGUUGUUUUGCCAGUCAUGUUAAUUGUGACUGGUGCAUAUAACAAGUUAUCUGUGGUAUGUAUUGUCUUUAUUUUCAUGAAGGCAAUAAAGGACAGUAAAUUACUUUCUUGUAGAAUGAACAAAUCAAUCUUUUGAACAAAGUAUCUUUUUCAUCAGGGGGAAAGUGGUCAGUUUGAUCCCCAAACAGAAGCUGACCGUGCAUCUCAGAAAUGUAUCAUUGGCUCGCUCCUGAAAACAUAUCCAACCCUACAAAUUAUUGGUGAGGAGGAGGUGAGUAAAACAUAUAAUAAUCUGUUAUUUAUGUUACAUGUAGAUUCCCUUAUGAGUUGUAACUAACCUAGGCUAGCCGUCAUAAGCAACCAUCUGGCAGGCAGGUUUUUGCAUAACUGAAUAAGGGAGCUAGAAAAAUUCUCAUAAGAGAAAGACCAUCACAUCUAUUUACACAACUUAAGCAGAUGCAAAAAGAAAAACCCUGAAAAAAAUUAAUUCAGGCUUGGAAUGGGAUUUGAAUCCAUGAUCAAAAAAAUGACCUCUGCAAUACCAGUGCAGUGCUCUUACCACUAGGCUGUCAAGCCAGCUGGGGACUGAUCACUUUGAGGAGUUCAUGAUAUACAUGCAGGGUUUCCAGAGAGAAAAUCAUAUAGUGUGAGAAAGGUAUUUUAGAAUGUAGAUGGCACUAUUAAAAAUGGUAACACCCUGAAAAAUUAUUUCCUUUAUUUUGUAGUUUAACAUGUUAUUUAUUUAUUAUUUUCAUGUUAUUUUAUUUUUAAUAAAAGAAACAUAUGGAUAACUUCAAAAUUGACACAAUCUCCAAAAAUCUAUUGCACUGUAAGUGUACAAAAAUUUUUGAGGCUGGUAUUAUUGGUUUAGACUACCUCAGCGAUUGACAAACCAUUUGAGUGGGCAUAGCCUGAAUUUUAGCCAUUUUCUCAAUUUGCAACCUACAGAUAGGGAAGAUGUUUUUUUCAGGAAUCUGCCACUCAAGGAGAAAGCUGAAAUUUAGGCUAAAGGCAGUAAUAACAUAAACUAUUCAAUGUGUUGAGUGGAGUAAUCAUGUGCAAUUUUCUUAUUUAAACUUGUUUAAAUGUAGGAUGUUCAUCUUGGUAAUGUAAAAGAUGAAUUCAUUGAAGCAUCACAAGAUGUUGAUGUUCUUUCGAAACUUUGUCCAGAAGAUCUAGUAUCAGUGAAGCCUGAAGAUGUAAGUUUUCUUCUUUCAAUUUAUGCCAAAUUCUAUGCUAUAUGACCUCAACUCAUCGCUGCCUAUACUGCAUAUGUACGUAUACGUGUUCUGCCAGCUUAAUUUUAUCUGUUGCCUAAAGGAAUGCAGAGAUCUUUUACUGUCAACUGACCCAUUCGUCACACAUACUCAAUCUUCUAGCGGUUUUCUUAAACUUAUACCACAAAGCUGUUUACAGGUCAUACACUUCACGGCCUUCUGAUCCAGAUUCAAAAUAUUAGCUUGCGAAGUUCAGGCACGCAGAGAAAGCAAAAUUUCGGGAUAGUUUUUGGGUUUAAAAGUGACACAGCAAUUUUGACUGGGCGUGUUUAAAACUCUAAAAGACAAAAUGACGACUGACUUUCCUAAUUGGCUAAACAGUAAACAACUGACUCCUAGUUUUCUUGUUGAUGUCCAGUGGUUAUUUCUUUUGCCUUCUUUGAACUGGCAAAGCUCAAUCUGAUCAGCAUGCAAAACCUCACAAAUAUUUUUUGUCGCAUUCUUUUCGUGACUAGUUGCUGUCACAUGGCCUUUCUUUUCACUUUCUCUCCUCCCCUCUUCUUUUGCUUUUCUUGCCUUUUUUUUUAUUUUGCUGGGCAUUUAGUAGACUUCAUUUAAGUGGGAAAAUUUUGGGGGAAAGCUUUUAGGAUCUUAGGAUUACAUGAAAGGGAAGGUAGGUUAAGGUGGGUAGUGAAAAAAGAUUUUCAUGGAAAUUUUUGGGUCAAUGUUACAUGGUUUUUUGCCUUUUUCUCCGGUCUCCUUGACUAAAUCAUGCUCAUUCUGGUAUGGUUUGAAAGAUCUCUUUAUCCCGCACAAGUUAGUCCUCGACCUUUAAAAAUGAUGAUGUCCCAAGCGAUAGAAAAGAUGUGGACCUGCACCUGGGUGGUUAUGGGCAGUUCAGGGGCAAAUAGUUUAAAGACUGUAUUCUUACAUUUUAUUGUAUUACUCACUAAGUAAAUUUGUGUAUAGUAUUACCAAAAGCUGUGUAGUAAAUUGAAAAUUAAAUUUGAUAGGUAGACCAAAAUAUUAUUGUGAUUUUUAUUUUUUACUAUGACAGGUAACUGUUUGGGUUGACCCAUUAGAUGGUACAAGAGAAUUUACUGAAGGUAAUUUUAGAUUUACUUUAAAGUGUCAUCUGCAAUCCAUUUGUGAAACACAUUAUUAUUAGCAUAGUACAUUUUUACAUUAUCUGGAAUUUGUGUGUUGUAAAAAAGUAUUUUUCAACUGAGUUUUUGUGUACAUGUAUCGUCAGUUGUUUUUAUAAUACGUAAUUAUAUUAUUUAUUUACAAUUAGCCUGCCCUGUUGAGAUGUGCUGAGCUGUACAGCAGUAUCCUAUUCACAUGACCUUAAUAUUAGCAUCCAUUUUCUACAAAUUGUAGCAGUGUUCUAUGUAAUAGUUUUUUUAUUGUGCUUUAAAAUACAAAUACUGUACUGUAUUACUGGUAGGUACAAGUGUAAGGAAGGGAUAUGGCUAAGUGGGGUUGUCCCUGGUAUACUAAUAUUGUUAUAUUCCUAGACUUUCAUGACUCACCUAAACUGGGACAGCCAUUGGCUGAUUCUUGGUCAUGUGGCCUUGACUAAAAUAAAAUGUAUCCCGAUCAUGAUACAUUAAACAAUGUACCCCGCUCAGGAUAUACAUUACAGUAGGUGAUCAAAGCAUGGUGGAAAGUGGCAUGACAGAAGGUGGGAAAACACUGCCAGUUUUCUUUUUCUUUAAUGAACACAACAACACAAACCUGAGGCCUCAAGCUAGAAAGCAAUGAUUUUCAAAGUUGCCCCAGAAGAGAAACAGCAGCUAGUGGAGGAAAAAAAUGCAGAUAAUAUAUUGGAAAGUACUUUGUAAAUUAAAUUAUAUUAUAUUGUAUUGUAUUGUAUUGUAUUGUAUUGUAUUGUAUUGUAUUGUAUUGUAUUAUAUUAUAUUAUAAGCAAACUAUGGUCCCACAUUGAUAAUUAUGUAUCAACAAAUAAUACACUAGAAUAAUCAAUAUUAAUUUGUUAUUUCAUAACAACUGCACAAGGUUUACAUUAAUUUUUUGUUUUACAUUUCAUUCAACACUAAAGGUCUCUAUGAUCAUGUAACAGUCCUUAUUGGCAUUUCAAUGAAUGGCAAGCCUAUAGCAGGAGUCAUCCACCAACCUUUUUAUGGCUAUGAAAAAGAAAUGCAAGGAACUGAAUUAGGAAGAACAAUGUGGGGUGUAAGAGGCUUAGGAACAUUUGGCUUUACUCAUGUUCCACCACCCACUGGACGGCGCAUCAUCACCACAACACGUUCUCAUUUAAACCAGACAGUGGUAGAUGCAAUAGAAGCAAUGAAACCUGAUCAGAUACUGAAAGUAGGUGGAGCUGGGUAUAAAGUCCUUCUUUUGCUUGAAGGAAAAGCAGAUGCAUAUGUUUUCGCUAGUGCUGGAUGUAAACGUUGGGAUACCUGUGCUUGUGAGGCAUUACUGGAGGCAGUGAAUGGCACUUUAACAGAUGUUUGUGGAGAGCAUAUCAAAUAUGAUGGUCAAGCAGACAGUUACGUUAAUAAGACUGGUGUGCUAGCAUCAUUAAAGGAUCAUGAUUUCUAUGUUAGUAUGAUUCCAGAGACUAUUAAAAGCAGCUUGCUUGGAAAACUCUAACUGCAAUGGUAAUUUUGUUGGUGUAGCAGUUAAGUGAAUUAAAUAAAUUAUUGAAAACCUCUUGGUAGCUUUUUCAAUAAAUAACCUAGAAAAUGCUGGGGUUUUAUGUAACUGGGUGAUCUGCUAUUACCCUGUUAUACAAGCAUUAGACUUACAGAAGUGUAACAGAACCACAGUUUUUAACUUGCCUUGUUACCGUAGUGAAAUUCAAGAAACUGACGACUUGAAAAGUCAUGUUUCCAAUGUAGUUACAUCCUCGGAGACCCAGGGGCAGUUAGUAGGGUCGAUAAAAUGUUCGUGGUGAAAGUUUACUGUAAGAUCAAGACGAGCCCCUGGGCACUUACUCUUACCGAACCAGUUCCAGAAGCGUUUGAAUUGCCUGCUUCUGAUUGGCCAGAAAAAAUUUUUUCUGGCCAAUCAGAAGCAGGCAAUUCAUAAGAGUAAGUGCCCAGGGGCUCGUCUCGAUCUUACAGUAAACUUUCACCACGAACAUUUUAUCGACCCGACUAACUGCCCCUGGGUCUCCGAGGAUGAUGUAGUUAAAGUGAGUUUAAGUUUUAAACUUUUGCACAUUUCCGGAAUAUUGACUCACAUACUUAGAACAGAAUGAUGACAUGUGCCAAAACAUCCUUAACAAGCAUAAAAAUCUAUGUAUUGAGUAGAUUUUCUUUUGCAAAGUGAGCCAAGUCCUAUAUUCUGAAGAGACAAUUACAAUGGUAGGUAUCACACUAUAUUGUGCAUGUGUAUAUUCUGUUAUGUUACAUGUGGUUCUUCCAGGUUUUUUCCUUUCUUGAUGUAGUCAUAAGUUCACGCUGCACUGUUAGUUGGGUACUGAGGUUAACUACUAAGAUACUACAAUGUAUAUCCUCUGUUUACCCAGCCCCUUAAGAAGUAAUAUAAAGAGUAAGAAUUGAAAUAUAUGAAAUGAAUCAUAUUUUGAACUGCAGAUAAAGAUACAUGGUUUAUACAGAAUAUUUUUGGAAAAAGUCAAGGACUUUUCAAGGACUAAAAUCAUUUUUUCAAGGACUUCUUUUCCCCAGUAAUAUGAAGUAAAGACCUUUACAGUGUGCAGAUGGAGAGGGGGUCGCUUAUUGCAAUACCUUCCUUCAUUAAGGCAUGAUACCUGGGGUACUUCAAAUAACAGAAAAUGAACUAUGCCGGGAACACCAAAAUCAUAGGAAAACACUUUCAUGAACAACAAGAAAAUUUGUGUAUUGCUGUGCUUUCAAUCAUUCCUAUGCGCAAAACAAUUUUUUUUUAACAAAGGUUAUUUUUAUUCAG